UGAAAAGGAAAGUUUCCUUUAGACAGUUCAUAUGCUUUUUGCGGAAGACCGUUGGAGGCGACCGGAGGCCGAUUCUGGGCGAUCUCCACCGAUGAGGACUCCGACGAGGAAACGCCGACGACGCCGGCCGCGCCCGUUGCCUCGUCUCCGAUGGAGUUCUGCAGAACACCGUCCGAGGAGAGCUGCACUUUGCUACCUUCGGCUUUGUCAGCCAUCGCCCGCAAAGAGCAGAAAUGGCAGCGCCAGCGAGAGGCGGCCAGGAUACUCCGAUCAGGUAUGUCUUCUUGUUCCUCUUCUCCGUCUUUUCUUGCCAUGCCUUGUGCAGGAAAGCCGGUGAGGAGAUGCAGUUUCGUCACACCGGUGUUGAUACCGUCGACGUUUCUUCUUGAUUCGUUCGACGCGGAUGAAUGGAUUGAGGUACAACGGAGGAGGAGGAAGCGAUCGGUCUGGCGGCACCGGCGAUCUCAUCGGCCGGCCAGAUCGCACAUACAGAAUGUACAACAGCCUGCAGAUCGGGUUUUUUCAAAUUUUCAGAAAUUGGGCCAUGUGGGCUCGAGAUUGUCGGUGCCGUUGAUUUUUGACUUGGAUCAGCACGGUCGUAUGGGCCAUGAUCCGGUCAUUGAGGAUCGAGUUAAGCUGCGAAUCCCCCAAUUUGCUCGUGGGUUUUCGUAUCGCUUAGGGUUCCCUGAUCGUAAGCCGCCAGCGCCUGUAGUCACACCGCUCGCUUCCUCCUCUCUGCUGUCCAUGGCGAAUCGGGGCGGGUAUCCAAACCGUGGCCGUGGCCAGCAUGGGGGACGUGGAGGCUCGGGGUGGCAAGAUGGUUUUGCUGGUGAUGGAGGAGGACGUGGUGGCCGUGGCAGAAACUAUCACGAGGGCGGCCCAAGUGGUACCGCCGGUGAUGGCUCCGGUUCCGGUCAUGGUGGGGAUCAAGGUACAAAUGUGUUUGCGGAUGGUGUCUUCCGCGCAGGGCAAGGUCGACAGUACUCGGGUGGAGGGCGGAACUAUCAGGGAUACAAUAACCGUGGCGACGGUCGCCGCAACAUCGGAUACAAUGGUAAUAAUGUUCGCCGUUCUGCUCCGAUGAACAACAACAAUGGCUGGGUUGGCAAUGGCCAGGGCAGGUAUGCUGCUCAAACAGCGGGCUUGACGGAGUUACAGCAGAAGAUGGUGGCGGAAGCAGCGGAGGCAUUUGCUCGCCAGCUAGCUGGCCGCCCGGAUCCUUCACCGCCGGUGGUUCAGCAGCCGGUGGCCCAACAGCCGGCGACUCAACAGUUGUACAAAGAUACUAUGGUACCUUCAGGGACAGCGGUCGUGCGCCAACCUGGUCUCGCUAGAGCUGCGCCGGUGUAUGUACCGGUACAAAAUAAUGCUAUUGGGCAAGGGCAGCAACAACCAGGGGCUAAAAGGGCUGAAGAGGUGUUGUUGGCAGUGGCGGGAUGUGUUAAUGGGACAGAUUUGGAGGGUCUAACAGAGGAGGAAUUUGUCGCAGCUACUAAGAAGAGAGGUCCUAGUUGCUUUCGAUGUCGAAAGGUAGGGCAUUUCCUCAAUGAUUGUGUGGCGGUGUUAUGUGAAUGUUGCCAGAAACCGGACCAUGCCUCUAAGGAUUGUCCUUUACUUCGUGCUCCUCGACCUCGGCUUGCUAUGUAUGGUUUGGGUCACCCGGAUUUAGCCUUUUGGGAGUUGCCCCUUUCUGCUUCAGUUAGACCAAGAGUAGAGAAUACUAGAUUGGGAAGAGUGGAAGUAUCUGGUGGUGAGCUAUCUGUUGAUCAGUUGAUCACCCAUUUGCAGUGGAUUGUCCCUGAUCCUCUUUAUCAGUGGGAGGUUGAGCAAAUGGAAGAUAAUGUGUUCAGAGUGAAUUUCCCAAGUAAAGUUGAGUUGGUCAGAGUACAACAUUUUGGGAGAUUUCAUGUCGCCGACUCCAAUAUUGUUCUCUUAUUUGACUUUUGGAAGAAGGAGGUCAAACCUGCUUGGGUACCUGAAGAUGUCUGGGUAAGGGUGUCUGGCUUGCCUCCUGUUGCUCUGGAUGAUUAUUUAGCUCUUUGGGCACUUGGUGAUGUCUUUGGUAAGACUUUGGAUAUUGAUAUCGCUUUUACUAGGCAAAAUAAUGUUCUACGCAUGCUUAUUACAUGUCUUGAUACUGCCCUUAUACCUGACUCAUGGGAUCUCAAAAUCAAACAUGAAUUUUUUCGUUUGAGGUUUGAGGUGGAGGGAGUUCAGCCCUCUAAUAAUCUUGAUGUCACUAUGUCUGAGGCGCCGGGGGAUGGAGGUGAUGAUGACUCACAUUCUAAUCUCCAUGAUAAGUCGGGGGGGUAAUGAAAAUGAUUUUAGUGCUAAAAGAGCUAAGAGCACAGGGGAGAAGAAUGGUGAUACAGGAACAUCAAACUCUCAGCCUGAUAUUAAUACAAAAUCAGUUUGCACGCUUGGCUGCAAGGGUGACAAUGUUGAUGCUGGGGACAUCAAGAGCAAAACUGUGCUUGAGUCUAAAAAUACACCAAGUUCUGUGGUGGAGGGUGUCGACAAGUCUGGGCUGCAUACACCUAUAACUAGUCAACAGUACACACAGGCUGGGAUGCUUAAUAAGGCGUAUGCGCCUGUUUCUCCGCGCGUCGGCGAGGUUCUGGCGCAGCGAACGUCGAUCACGCCUGGGGUGCAUGGCGCACGCGCCCCGGAGCAUGCUCAGCUGGGCCAGCAGGGUGUCGCUGCUUCGUCUGCGAAGCAUGCGAUCGUCUCGCCGCGCAGCACAGUGGCGACUGAGCGAGCUAUUGCGGCAGUGCCGCGCGACACAGUGCAUGUGGGCGACGACCUGGCUGCAACGCAGCACGCUGUGCAUGGAUUUGACACAAACAUGCACAUGUAUGGGGCAUCGCCGGGGAAGGAUACGUCCAUCAAGCAAGACAAGGGAAAUGCGGAUACCCCAUCGGCUCCAGUUAUUUUGAUGAAAGAGACACCUAGGACAUACACUAAAGAGCAAAUUGUGGCCUUUGGGGGAAUUCAAGAGGAGGCGAGGAGGGAUGUGCGGUCGAGUGGAAGACUGCGCUCUCAGCGAAUGCCGAUAUGACGCAAAUGGAGAUGGCGAUGUUGAUCGCGAAGAGCCGCGCGGAUAUGCCAGUGAUAGGUUAUCCGGCGAGCUGCUCACUCAAUUCAACAGUGGGUUUUGCUUCUCCCAUUGGACCAGCGGGAGGCUAUGGUUAUUGGAUGCAACCGGAUGCUAGCGGUUGCGCAGGACUUCUUUUUCCAGGCUACUGGGUGGCGACAUCAUAAUAGAUUAGCAAAUGCAUAGCCGAUCUAUCUGUCGUACUUUUAGCUGGUUGAUUCAUGUAUCGACCUUAGCUUUCCCUUAAAUGUAAUAAGUUUUGUUGGAACUUUUGAGACUUGAUACACCUUUUUAAUAAAACAAGCCGUGUGCAUCUAUUGAUGCAGAGGCUGGGGCUAUGCUCCUUAUCGAAA